AUGAUUCGUGCUCUGCUAGUAACAUGUAGUGAGGCUCCUUCUCAGUCCGGAAUUUAUUGGAUUAGUCCAACUAGUGGCGGAGCGCCAUUUCAGGUUUUCUGUGAGCAAGAAAAAUACGCAGGAGGUUGGUUGGUGUUCCAGAAUCGCAACGAUGGAUUUACGGGAUUUAAUCGAAGUUGGAAUGAUUACAAAUACGGAUUCGGCGAUUUGCGCCAGAAUUUUUGGUUGGGAUUAGAGAAGCUGCAUCGGAUUACAAAUGCGGGAACUUUUGACAUGAUGGUAGUUUUGGAAAAUUUUCACGAUUUCAUGGCGUUUCAAAAGUAUGAAAACUUUCGAAUCGGAAGCGAAGCUGAACAGUACAGUCUUGAUAUUUCUGGGGUGAAUGACGGUACGGCAGGGGAAUCACUAUUAAUUUACAAGGGAGAAAAAUUCAGUACCUACGAUAGAGAUAAUGAUGGGACGUCCAUAAAUUGUGCUUCGGAACUAGGUGGAGGUUAUUGGCACUACGAUUGUCGCAGUUCAGUGAGAACUUCUAGCUUUCUGAAUGGAUUGUAUAGUGAAAAAGCAAUGGAUGAUGGAAGUGGAAUUUGGUGGGGCGGCUUUGGAGGUGUCAGAAAACCACUGAAAAAAACGAGGAUGAUGAUAAAACCUCAUACUUGA